AUGAAUGCAGUUAUGAAGAAACCUCACGAUGAUGAUGAUGGUCCUCAUAUCAUUGAUAAAUCCUUAAAUCCUCCUCCUCCUCCUCAUCACUCUGAUCAUCAAUAUUCCCAACCACAUGACCAUCACCACAAGAACAAAUUUGAUGAGCAAGAUCUUCUUUUCAAAGACAUCCGAAGAUACUCACUCACCGAAUGCAAGAACGUUGAGAUGGAUAUUACAGAAACGACACAAAUCGAUCAAUCAGAAGAAACAAAAAGGUGGGGCAGGAUUCUUGGCCUUCAAUUACGUGUUGUAAAGUAUGGAGUGUUGUUUGAUUACUUUUUAGUGAGUGCACACUCCUAUGUCAAUUAUGGAUUAGUGAAUACUCUCAUAUUAUUGCUCGUGCUGUUUUCUGGAUAUUCAUUUAGCCUCGAUAUACAAAGCGCAGCAAAUAGAAUGGAUUGUUUUCAGAGAAUACUUCAAUUCCUUAAAAAGAAUAUCUUUUCGAAAUGUCGAGUGUUAUUUCCAACACAAAGUUUCGAGUUUUACAAAUUUAUUUCCGACAACAACAAGGAAACGAAGAACCAUCCGAAUGACUCUUAUUGUAAGCAACAAUUGACAAAGGUGAUUAUAUCUCUGAUAUUUUUUACAGUGAGAUUUUACUGUUUCAAAACACCCUUACUCUUGUUAUUACCUUUGAAGCUCUUAAUCAUUGGAAGUACAUCGAGAAUGAGACAUUCUAUUUGGCGUAUUAUUGUUCCUUUCUACAUUUCCAUGCAUUAUUUAGGAUAUAUGUUUUUUCAGAUGUAUGCUCAUGUCAUGUUGAAAACAAUUACCUUUAAAGAAUGUUCACUGGUGGUCAUGGAGACAUUUCCUUGUGCUCUUUCUACAAUGAUCUUUUCAUUAUAUAUCAUGUCAUUCACUGAAAGUAUUGAUAGAAAGUAUAAUAUGCUUGCGGGAGUGAGUCGACGACUCAACAGUGAAUUACAAACAAGAGAAAAAUUUAUUUCACACAUUUCACACGAAUUUAGAACAGUUUGUUUAUCAAGUUUAGGUAGCAUUGAACUAAUUAAGGAUACCAAUCUCACCGAAGAGCAAAAGGAAUUGCUACAGAAUGUGGAGAGUGCCUCAGGUAUCAUUUUGACCUUAAUUGAGGAUAUUUUAAAUUUUGCCAAAAUUGAUCAAAAGUUAAAUGGAAUGUCAAGUUCCAGUUCGACUCCUACGACUACAACAACGGAUGCUGAUACGGAUAAUGAUGAGAUAUUCAACUUGGAUUCAUGCCUUAAAACAGUUUUAAAUGUUAUGAAAGGAUACUCCAAACCCUUGAAUGUACACAUUCAAUUAAUGCCAAACAAAAAUAUUGACAAUUUGUUUGUGAAGGGUAAUCCUUCGUGUUUGCAACAUUGUCUCAUCAAUUUGAUCAGUAAUGCAGUGAAAGCCUCCACGCCAGGUCAAACUGUAGAGAUACAGUGUGAAAAGAAACAAAUGGAUGAUAAUUUGGAGGACAGUGUUCCAAAUAGGGACAAUGACUCUUGCUCUCAUCAUCGACCUCUGUAUGAAUUCAAAGUUACUGAUCAUGGCAAAGGAAUUGACUCACACAAGAUUCAUCUAUUGUUCCAACCAUUCGUUCAACUUCAUACCUUUUGCACAGGAGCAACCAUUCCCUCCACAGGUUUAGGUCUAGCAAAUGUGAAAAACAAUGUACAUUUGAUGAAUGGAACGAUUCAUGUGGAUUCCACAGUUGGAAAAGGAACAUGUUUUACCUUGUUGAUACCAUUUGGUGAUACUUGUGCAAAUGUUCCAUCCGAUUCAGUCAUUGAAUCUUCUUCUUCGACUCUCCAUACAUCAUCAGCUAGCAUACUACUUGAUGAAAAAGCACCACUCGAAACUUUAUCACAACCAUCCUUAUCAAAGCAGUUAGAUAUUCAAAAAACUUACCUUUACAAGUAUAUGAAUGAUUGUUCGAAGAAAGAGGAUGACAACUCAACUCUGAUCCAACCUCAAAUCAUUGUUGCAGAAGAUAAUGCGAUUAAUCGAGUGGUUCUUCUCAAACUGUUGAAAUCCAUUGGUUAUGACGCAGUGGGAGUAUGUGAUGGUGAAGAAUUAAUACAACGAUUUGAUCCUCAACAACAUCGUCUCAUUUUCACAGACAAAACCAUGCCCAACAUGGAUGGAAUUCAAGCCGCAAAAGAAAUCCGAAGUCGAUAUGGAUCACAGUCUCCAAAGAUUGUUCUUGUCACUGGAGAUGUUUGUUGUAAUGGACAUCAAGAGAAUGGACAUCAUCAUUCUUGCAAAGAUUGUCCUUAUUCACCAGUGUCAAUGCAUGGACUUGUGGAUAAAGUUCUUCUCAAGCCAUGCACGAAGGAUGAUUUAAAGAGAACGAUUAAUGAAUUACUUUUCACAAAUCAAGGAUUGUGCGAAUGA